CAGCCGAGGUUUGAAACCGGAGAGCCUCCCCACAAGGCCGGCUCGCUGAGGUCCUGGUCCACAAGCUGCUCCUCCGCUUUCCUCCCUCCCGGAGCAGCGCGGAGACCCACCUUCUCCCUCGCACGAGCCCCCGCAUCAUGGAAGCCGUUCCCGGGACUCACCUCGGACUCGCCGUCCUCCUGCAGCUCCUUUUCAUUUCGUGCCUGCCAAGAGAGUAUACGGUGAUCAAUGAAAACUGUCCAGGAGCUGAAUGGAAUAUCAUGUGUCGGGAGUGUUGUGAAUAUGAUCAGAUCAAGUGUGUAUGUCCUGGGCGGAAAGAAGUAGUAGGUUACACCAUCCCCUGCUGCAGGAAUGAGGACAAUGAAUGCGACUCCUGCCUAAUUCACCCAGGAUGUAUGAUUUUUGAGAACUGUAAAUCCUGCCGCAAUGGAUCCUGGGGGGGAACGCUAGACAACUUCUAUGUCAAGGGUAUCUACUGCGCCGAAUGCAGAGCAGGAUGGUAUGGAGGGGACUGCAUGAAGUGUGGACAAGUUCUCCAGGCUUCAAGGGGCCAGAUUUUAUUGGAGAGUUAUCCACUGAAUGCCCACUGUGAGUGGACUAUACAUGCCAAACCUGGGUUUGUUGUUGAGUUAAGGUUUGCCAUGCUGAGUCUGGAGUUUGAUUACAUGUGCCAGUAUGAUUAUGUGGAAGUCCGAGAUGGGGACAGCAUUGAUAGCAGAAUAAUUAAGCGUUUCUGUGGGAAUGGCAGACCUCCACCAGUACGAAGCUCAGGGUCUUCACUCCACGUUCUCUUCCAGUCAGAUGGUUCUAAGAACUUUGAUGGGUUUCAUGCCAUCUUUGAAGAAAUUACUGGUUGUUCUUCAUCUCCAUGUCUUCAUGAUGGAACCUGCAUCCUUGAUAAAAUUGGUGGUUACAAAUGUGCCUGCCUGGCAGGCUAUACUGGGAACCGCUGCGAAAGCUUGGUGAUGUGUAGGACUCCAGGUACUCCUGCUCAUGGUUUUGUGGAAGGAGAUGACUUUAAAUACGGGUCCCAGGUUUACUUCAAAUGCACCGCAGGUUACACCUUAAAAGGCAGCCAUUUUGCUUCUUGUCAGCUAAAUGGGAGCUGGUCAACACAACAUCCUGGAUGUGUCAUAGAAGACAAAAACUGCUCUGAUCCUGGUGCUCCACUCAAUGGAUACAGGAAAAUGAUGGAAGAUACUGCGCUGAUGAAUGGCCGUUAUGCAAGAAUCGGAACAAUUAUUACUUUCUUUUGCAAUAACUCCUAUGUUCUCAGUGGCAAUGAGCACAGGACAUGUCAAGAAAAUGGAGAAUGGUCAGGGAAGCAGCCAAUUUGCAUAAAAGCCUGCAGAGAGCCAAAGAUCUCUGACCUGGUGAGACAGAAAGUACUCCCAAUGCAGGUUCAGUCAAGAGAGACCCCUUUGCAUCGGCUCUAUUCAUCUGCAUUUAGCAAGCAGAAGCUGGAAGCAUAUCCAACCAAAAGACCAUUGUUGCCAUUUGGAGAACUACCUCCAGGGUUCCAGCAUCUUCACACACAGCUUCAGUAUGAUUGCAUUUCUCCCUUCUACCGCCGGCUGGGAAGUAGCCGGAGAACCUGUCUGAAAACAGGGAAAUGGAGUGGGAGAGCUCCUUCAUGCAUUCCAAUUUGUGGAAAGACAGAAAACACCACUCUUCCAAAAUCCUCUACAACUAUAUGGCCAUGGCAAGCUGCCAUCUAUAGGAAACCCAAUGGGGUGAAGAGUCCCAGUCAGAGAAAAGGGGCAUGGAUACUGAUUUGCAGUGGGGCCCUUCUGAAUGAACGCACAGUAGUUGUUGCAGCCCACUGCGUCACCAAUCUGGGGAAGGUUACUGUUCUCAAAACAGCAGACAUCAAAGUUGUUCUUGGUAAACUCUACAGAGAUGAUGAUAGAGACGAGAAGACCAUACAGAAUUUAUGGAUCUCAGCUAUUAUAGUGCACCCAAACUAUGACCCAAUAUUGCUUGAUUCUGACAUAGCUAUCAUUAAACUCCUGGAUAAAGCCAAAAUCAGCAGCCGUGUCCAACCUGUAUGCUUGGCAUCAACACGUGAUCUUGACCCACCUGCAGAUGACCUGCAAAUAAUAAUUACUGGCUGGAAGAUCCUGACAGAUGUGACUGACCCAGGUUACAAGAAUGACACAAUCCGCAUGGGGACUGUUCAGAUAGUGGACUCCCUACUGUGUGAGCAGCAAUAUGAGGAAAAGGGAAUCCAUGUCAGUGUCACUGACAGUAUGUUUUGUGCCAAGCAACACCCCACUGCCUUUUCAAACAUCUGCCCAGCUGAGACGGGAGGCAUUGCAGUGAUACCAUUAACAGGAAAAUCAUCUUCUGAAUUAACCUGGCAUCUCAUGGGAUUGGUGAGCUGGGGCUAUGAUAAAACUUGCAGCCUUGAACUUUACACUGCCUACACUAGAGCAAUUCCUUUUAAAGACUGGAUUGAAAAGAAUAUGAAAUGAAAUAUUUUUUUAAAAAAAUGUUAAAUAUAUGCUUUAGGUUUCCCAUUGUGGAAGAUUUAUGGGAUAAAACCAAAGCAAAAGCCUCACCAGCUUGGCACAGAAUUGUAGCUAUUCAGUAGGAUCAGUUCAUCUGAACCAAAAGUCUGAGUGCAGCAGAUGGGUUGACAAUCUAAGCUGACCCCAUUCUCCUGGUGGGAAUGAGAUAUGGUACCAAAUGGAUUGUAGUACCAAAAUACGCUGGCCAGAAAUAGCUGUAUUUAAUCUGUUUUUGACUAUCAGUUGAAUAAAGGUAUUGAAAUGCAUUUUCAUCAAAGGUUCAAGAAAAGUAGGAGGUUGAAAAGAGGUAAUUAGUUUGUUAAUAGUCUAAGCUGUCUGUAUUUUAUGUUGUAUUUUUCCCUCCAGAAUAUAUUACAUAUUCAAAUAAACAAAGGUUUGUUAUAACCUGAAAAUCA